AUGGCCUCAUCCCAGGCGCUUCGAUCGCGGUAUGCUACACUGCUGAAGCAGUUCACUACCUCAGCCAAGGAAUUUGAAGUUUUUACCACUGUCCCUGCCGAUAGUGCUCCUCCGACAGGGAUCCUUUAUGUGCUAGACUCGUCAUUCAACCCUCCAACCCGUGCCCAUCUCCGCAUCGCCAGCACCGCACUCCUGGAACAACCGGAACCACGCUCUCGCCUGCUUCUUUUACUUGCUACACAGAAUGCCGACAAACCGUCUAAACCUGCGUCUUUUGAGGACCGGCUCGCUAUGAUGGAACUGUUCGCGCAUGACCUGCGGUCCCACCUCGCAGCUGGAAACCCCUCAGAGCCCGCGUCCCCCAUGGAGCACAUUCCCACUAUUGACAUCGCGGUCACAAAGAAACCUUACUUCAUCGAUAAAGCCGCUUCUAUCGCGGCGUCGCAUCACUAUCCGUCCCCGCUCGAGCAAGUCCAUCUCACAGGCUACGAUACCUUAAUCCGCAUCUUCAAUCCCAAAUACUACCCUCCAGAGCAUACACUACAGCCCCUCAGUGCGCUGUUCUCACAACAUCGGUUGCGGGUAACCUUGAGACCGAGUGACGAAUGGGGUAAUAAAGAAGAGCAGGAGGAAUUUCUCGCCAGUCUCGCUCGUGGGGACCUAGAGCACCAAGGCGGGCGAAGGGAAUGGGCACAGCGAAUCCAGCUCGUCGAGGGCAGAAAGCCUGCAGACCCGCCAGUCAGCUCCACCAAAGCGCGCGAGGCAGCGGAGUCCGCCCCUCAGGAUCUACAAUGGUUGGUCCCGGACACUGUACGACAGUUUGUGCUUUCUGAAAGGCCAUACUCGACAGAGAGCCCGGGCACCAGGGUAUGA